UUUAACCUUAAAUAAUUCAUGAUAUUUCAUAAACUAACUUAACCGACUGGCCACUCGGUUGGCAGAGUUGAAUGAUGGCCGUAGCACGCUUCUGUUCCCGCAUUUCCUUCAGUAUUUCAAAGUCCCGCUUUCUAUAUCCCACUUCUCCAAGUUUAGAAGCUCUUUCUGAUCCUAUUAUCAAAUCUUCAAGAAAUCAUCAUAUUGUUUCUGGAUUUUUUCCAAUUCUUCAAGCAUCGCGAUCAUAUGCUCGUUCUAGGGGCAAGCAUUAUGAUCUAUUUGGCAGUGCUAAACCAGGUGAUGAGGAAUUUAAGAAAGCAUGGAAGAAAGAGAUGGAUGAAGAUGAUUGCCUAUGGACAGGAAGUGAAGAUGAAGAUGAGAAUGAGGAUAAGAAUUAUAGUGAAAAAGGUCAAAAUCCUCUUGAAAAAGAAGUCCGGAAAGUAAGACAGCAAGCAAAGGAGCACUCACAUCUUAUUGAUGCUGAUGAUAGUGAUGAGUUAUGGAGUGUAUGGUCUGGGAGUGAUGAAGAGAAGACUCUAUGGACUGGUAGUGAAGGAGAUGAUGACGAUGAUAUUCCUACAGAAGCAUACCCAAAUGAAGCUAGUGAUAAGUAUUUAGAUAAAUUAUUUGAGUUUGAGGAAAAACCUAAAUAUCGUACAAUCUCAGAACUACUAAAAGCAGAAAAUGAACCAGAAGAGUUGUCCCCUGGCAAGCAAGCUAGGAAACUUGCUGUUGAGAAUGCUUUAAAGAAAUUGAAGAAAGGACCAGACGGGCGUUACACUAAUGUGUGGGAAGUUAUGAGUGAUAUAGACAUUCUAAUAGGAGCAUUUGAAAAUAUUGUUUCUGGACCAGAGUAUGAAGAGCUUAGACAGGGAGGGCCUAAAAGAUUGAAUAUGCAGUUUUUCAAAGAUAUACAAGCACGCAUGAGAGAUCCAAAUUACAAGUUCUCACCUGAGUUGAAGUUGAAACCAAAGAGCAAACUGGUUCCUAGGAAGAAAUGGCAGAAGACGCAGUCUAGAAGAAGAAAAGCACAGAAACGCUAGGUUGGAGUCUUCUUCUCCGAUCAAUGGUGAGCCAGAUUACCUGUACAUUUUAUGAAACCCUUGGGAGUAUAUUCUGCAUGUGUUCCCCACAUAUUGACCUACCUUAGGAUUACAUGUGUUUAUAUGAUAUUUUAGUUCAGGAUUCCUGGAAAGCUCAUUUACGAAUUUAAUUAGGGAUGAAUUCUACGUAUUUUUAAUAUAUUUUCUUUAUUUUGGUUCAAGUGUAGAAAUUCAUUGGAACGACUUACUGUUUA